GCCGUCUGCAAACCAGAGCUCGUCGGCAAACAUCUCUGGACUAUGCUGGAGACGACCGCGGUGUAAUUAAUUGGUAACUAAAAUUGUACCACGGAUUAAUUGCGCCUGUUGUUGUCUCCAGGUUAGACCGAGUGAUGCUGCCGUCGCUGGAUAACAGCAGUGAAUGAAGACGCCGUUAGCACCAACCGUAUUGUCUCAGGGAGCCAGCUAGCUUAACGCAAAUCGUUAGCUGUGAGUCGAACCGGAGGGCUAGCUAGCUGAUGUCCGGGUGAUCUCGUAAGAAGACACGGUAAAACGUAAUUUAACGUUAGCUCUAAACUUGACUUGACUACUGUAAGGAAGAGAAGAUGGCUUGCGAGCCAAAUCGAGUCCGGCUGCUCUGCAUGCUGUCGCUGACUUUUGGGUUUUUCAUUGUGGAGGUGGUGGUCAGCCGGAUCACCUCAUCUCUAUCCAUGCUGUCGGACUCCUUUCAUAUGCUGUCGGAUGUCAUCGCACUGGUAGUGGCGCUGGUCGCCGUGCGAUUCGCCGAGAAAACCCGUGCGACCAACAAGAACACCUUCGGCUGGAUCCGGGCGGAGGUAAUGGGGGCUCUGGUCAACGCCGUGUUCCUCACUGCGCUGUGCUUCACCAUCGUCCUAGAGGCGGUCGAGCGCUUCACCGAGCCCCAUGAGAUCGAGAGCCCCUUGGUGGUCGCCGGGGUCGGUGUGGCGGGGCUCCUGGUCAACCUGCUCGGGCUCUGCUUGUUCCAUGGGCACGCUGGUGGAGGCCACGGACACUCCCACGGAGGUCACUCUCAUGGGAAUAAGAACAAGAGGGGUAAAACGGGCAAGUCUCAGAAGGCUGGGAAUGGGUCUUCAGGAGAGGAGACCAACAAUUUGGUGGGAAAUCACAACAGCCCGGGGGAUGUGAGACCGAGAAAUGAAAUCAGCUGUAAAGACAGCACAGAAGUGCAGAUGAAUGGCAACACCCACUAUGAGGAGAUGGAACAUGAUCACGACUCGUCAUCUCAGCUCAACAUGCGCGGGGUCUUCCUGCAUGUGUUAGGCGAUGCCCUGGGCUCUGUCAUCGUGGUUGUUAAUGCUAUAAUAUUUACCUUUGUGUGGCAGCCCUGCAAAGAACCCGGGUGUGACAACCCGUGUGUCAACAGUCACGCUACAGACCACCGGCAUGUCAAUGAAACGGUGGUCGACCGGAACGAAGGUCCUAUGCCGGCCGUGAUGACUGCUGGCCCCUGCUGGGUCCUCUACUUGGAUCCCACUCUGUGCAUCAUCAUGGUGGGCAUCCUGCUGUAUACCACCUACCCGCUGCUCAAAGAGUCAGCCCUCAUCCUGCUGCAGACCGUGCCCAAGCAGAUCAACAUACACCGGCUCAAUGAGCGGCUACUGAGUCUGGACGGUGUUCUGGCCAUCCACGAGCUGCACAUCUGGCAGCUAGCCGGCAGCCGCAUCAUCGCCACAGCUCACAUCAAAUGCCAUGACCCCACAUCUUACAUGGAUGUUGCCAAACGGAUCAAGGACUUCUUCCAUGACGAGGGCAUCCAUGCUACAACUAUCCAGCCAGAGUUUGUCACGUUCAACUCAGAGUCUCGAGACUCCCUCUGUGAGCUUUCUUGUCGGACUCAGUGUGCUCCCAAGCUGUGCUGCGGCUCUGCUGACAAACAGAACGCAGGCUCUGACAAGAAGGCCAGCAGUGACUGCAGGCCAGCUGCUGCUCCAGCCUUGGAAGUGAUCAGUGAGACCUUGGAGCAGGCUGCAGGCGUUCAGGUGUGCCCUCGGUCAGAGGCUGAGGUUACCAUCACCAGAGAGGUGGAGUCUUCUCUGUGAGAUGGAGGGGAGAGGAACGGAGGAGAAGCUGGAAAACUACCACUUUGGGCAGAAAUUAUCAUUGUCAUUUGUAGGACACUGUUCUCUUUAUGACCUCUAGUUGCCCUGAUAAGGAAAUAAUUUUCCUUAGCCUUUUACUCUCUGUCAUUGCUCCCGCUGAAAUUUUUUCCCCCUCUUUCUCAUGUUCAACCCUUUAUUUCCCUCCCAGCCUCUCCUCUGCUGCUCAGCCCCUCUCUUGUCGUCUGUUGCCCUGGCAGUAUGGUGGCGAUGCAUGUUAGGGUUCACUGACCUCAUCUCCUCCAGGACUGGAGCGAGUCCUGCAUGAGUGUCCCUCAUUAGCACCGUGUUGUGAUGCGUCAUCUCGUCCCAUGGUGUUUUUGUGCCAAAGCUUCUCACUGCAGGACUGAAGGGAUCGGAGAGAUGCCCUCUCCUCCAAAAGGACACACACAACACAUGCAAGUCGAAGCACACAUCACUAGGUUAUUUUGUUUAGCCUAUGGACCUGUUGGCAAAGAGUCUACCUUCUUGUUUUUUGCGUAGGCUUUGAGCAGAUCUAUUUUCUUACCCUCUGGCCCCAAAUGGAAGAGUAUUGUAUUGCAUAAUAAUUUAAGUAUUUAAGUUAUUAGAAAUGAUCUAUUUCUCUCUGUAGAUGCUGUUUGUAAUAUUUAGUUUGGAUGAUAGAAACAUUUUUGCAAUUUUUCUGUCUUGAAGUUUUUGACAGACCAUCUAUGCUGUAGUCAGUUUUACAAAUGUGAAGUUUUUAUAAUGAUUUUGUUUUUUCAGACUUUUCUCUGGCCUUGACUCAGUUUUAAUUGCAGUUAUUAGUUGGAUACAGAAGCCGUAUCAACACCUCUCUCACCUUGCCUUUUAAAUACAAAACUGCUGUGGUAUAGCACUGAAUAUAAUAGACAUGGUGUAACUGAACUUUUUGCAAUGGCACAGUCACCUAAUUAAAUGUUCAUUCAUAAAUUUGAUGCCUUGCAAGCCAGAGGGUUGCGUCUGUUGUGAAGAAGUGAGCACUGUAUGCCAUUAGUGAAACACUAUUCUCUGUGUGAAUCUGUACUGGAAACUGUCUGAUGAUGGCUGUAGAUUUCGUUUUAAAACCCUCAUGAAUGUGUGCGACACCUUGUCACAAUCCAUGCAGAGGGAGUUUUUAUAUUUCCAGGAUCUUUUACUAAGUUUGCAUGACCAAACUGAGACCAGGUGUUUGAAUUUUUAGAGCUCCAGUAAGAGCUCCAGUUGCUGCUUACCAGUGUCUGCUGGUAUCCUCCAACAUUAUUCAUAACUGUGUAGGGAAUGGCUCAUCAUAUAACUCAUCUGUCCUCUGCUUUGGGCAGCUGAGCAAGCUAUUUUUGCUGAAUUAAAGUCCAUAUGGUGGCCUUUGAAAUAGUUCAAAUUUUCCCUCGUCACCACAGAUAUCAUUUAAAGGUGAUCAUCAAUGCGUUUCAGAUUUCCACUCCCAAUUAAAUGUGUAUGCAAUAUAGAAAUAUGUGCUGGGAAAUGUAUUUUGACAUGUUCUUCAUUUGUAACGUUUGGUCACUUUUAUUCUGUGUCUUUUAAGACUUGAGCUCAAUGUGCAAAUUGAAAACAAAAGUGUUUUUUUUUUAUUUUAGAUAUGACAUGUCAGCUGAUGUGUUUUUGAUAUUAUAUAUGUGUAUAUAUAUAUAUAUGUAUACAUAUAUAAAAUCUACAGUACCUGUCCAAUGUGUCAUUGUGAAAUAAAAAAAUAUGGCUGUUUGGUACAGUUGAUGAACCCAAA